GGAAGUCGUGUUGAGGUGACAUGAACUCCCAGAGCUUCAGUUCAAUGGGGUUCGAGCUGCGAGCGCCGGGUCCUCGUUAAUUGGACGUAUGUUCUCUCCUCCUCCUCGCCCCUGCAGGAGAUGGCUGCCCCCAGUCUAGAGCUGGACCCUCUCUUCCUCAAAGCCUUGGGGUAUCUGCAUUCGAAGAGCAAGGACUCGGCGGAGAAGCUGAAGGCUCUGCUGGAUGAGGCCUUGGCCAGAGGCAGCGAUUGCAGCUUUCGGCAGCAGCCGCAGAAGGAAGUUGAAACACCCAAGAUAACUGUUGGUUCCAAGUCCAGUUCAGCCAAACAGGAAUCUAAAGUGUCCUCGUCGCUAACAUCUGGCAAUAAUGGGAAAUCCAGUUCCAGCGAGAAAACCAAAAAGGAAACUGAGAAGAGGCCAGCUGAAAAGGUUAAACUGGAAACUCAGGAGGGAGUCGACCCCCAAAAGAAGUCCAGGCUGGAGAAGCCAGAGAAUCGAUCUUCCCCAAUCACUGUUCAGUCCAGCAAAGACCUGCCAAUGCCUGACCUGCCUGGCUUUGAGAGCGCUGAGGAGUUUGCCAUGGAAAUGGGGUUGGCAUGUGUGGUGUGCCGCCAGAUGACUGUUACAUCAGGUAACCAGCUGGUUGAAUGUCAAGAAUGUCACAACCUCUACCAUCAGGACUGUCAUAAGCCCCAGGUGACGGACAAGGAUGUGAAUGAUCCACGGCUGAUCUGGUAUUGUGCCCGCUGCACACGGCAGAUGAAGAAAAUGGCACAAAAGACACAAAAGGCUGCCCCAAAAGCUCCCAGUUUAGUUGCUAUCACCACUCCAUCUGUAAAAGAUCCAUCCGUGAAAAAGCCAGAAACGAAGCUGAAACAAGAAAUGACCACAUUUCAAGCUUUCAAAAGAGCUGAAGUAAAGGCUUCCACAUCUGCUUCUGGGAAUUCCUCCAAUUCUAACACCGCCUCUUCCUCUGUUAGUGGUCUCACAGGAUGGGCUGCCUUUGGAGCUAAAACAUCAACUGCAGCACCUUCCACGGCUAAACUGGGGUCAACUGUACAAACUGUGAGUGGGAAACCUACUGCUCCCUCCUCAAAUCAGAAGGCAGUGGGUUUGUCUGGACUGGCACCUUCCAAGGCAAGCCUGGGGUCCAAAGCGUCCACCAGCAUUAACUCGAGCACUGGACCUGUAAAGCCACUCCCGCCCCUGACACUGGGGAAACCGAGUCUUAAUCGAUCAUCUAGCAAUGACAACGUCAGCAACAGUGUUGGCCAAGCCAGCAGUGGGAAUGGAGGGACCUCUUCUACCAACAAUGGUGGUAACAAUGGGGCCAAAACGUCAUCUGAUUCCAGCAAUCCUCCCGUCGUUAAGUUGCCGACAUCUCAAGAGUCUCAGCUUAAUGCUAUGAAAAGGCUCCAGAUGGUUAAGAAGAAAGCAGCGCAGAAGAAGCUUAAGAAGUGAAUGCUGAUGUGUCCAAAUGGUUGUGGUUCUCUGCUGUCUUUGUGUUUCUACACAGAAAAGCAGGCACCUCACCCUUGCCAAGGAGGCCAACAAACUUGCCCUUGGAUUUACACAUUUUGUAGGAUUUUUAUAUGUGAAAAGAUCACAGAUCUCUUGCCUCCUAAAAGCCCCAUGAAACAGUUAGUGUUCUCUUAUUGAGAGAGGGUUUGCAUUUCUCUAAGUGGUCAUAAUCAAGAGUUGCAGCAUUAACAAAGCUAUUAGCAAAAAGCUGAGGGAAUUAAUAGAGUACACUUUCACGUGGCAGAAACGUCAUUAAAUUAAUUUUACAAUUUGCUAAUUUUAACAACAUUGACUUGCUGGCCUUUUCUAUUUUAAGUUUAUCUUUUAAAUGCACCAUCGAUUCAAGCUCUGUUUCUUAGCUGUUUCAAGCAAUUUGAAAAGAGCUUGUUUCGAGACCCAGCAGGCAAAGGUCUUGAUUGUUCAGUCACUUGAGAUGAUGUUGUUUUUGUGCUGCACAGGACAAGGUAACAGAAGCCUUAUUUCUGAGCUUGUUCUGCUUACCCUGCACUACAGAAAACUUUUAAAAUAUUUUGCUAAAGCUCUCAACAGGCCAAAAAUGUUCUGCACUUCUCAAAACAAAUCUUGAAAGUUGUGAGAGAGACCAGUUUACUGUGACCUUGAUAACUAGGGAGGUUUGAAUUCUGGGUCAAAUGGACCUGAUCACAAAUGUUUUCUUGUGUGUGUUAUUGUUAAUGGAGAUGCCAUUUGGUGAAUUGCACUGGUAUUGGAAAAAUUAAAAGUCAAACCUUGUAACUUCAA